AUGAGAGAGCCACACUGCAAGAGCACGUGUGGAGGCCGAAUUGUCAUCUCCAGUCCUGGCUACCUGACGUCCCCCUGGUACCCGAGCAACUACCCGCUGUCUGAGCAGUGCGAGUGGGUCGUGGAGGCGCCUGAGAAGGACCAGCGCAUCCUCAUCAACUUCAACCCGCACUUCGACCUGGAGGACCGCGAGUGCAAGUAUGACUACAUUGAGGUGUAUGACGGAGCGGAUGACAAGGCGACUCUUCUCCUGAAGCAUUGUGGGAAGAUCGCCCCUGGGCCCAUCCAGUCGAGCCAACAGCAAGUGUUCAUCCGCUUUGUCAGCGACUAUGAGACAAGCGGGGCCGGCUUCUCCAUACGCUACGAGAUCAACAAGCUGGCUCAUACAGACUGCUCGGCCAACCUGACGGGUCCGAACGGAGUUCUGCGUUCGCCGGGCUUCCCGGAGAAGUACCCCAACAACCUGGCGUGCAGCUACACGGUGUGGGCCCCGUCGGGCGAGGAGAUCCAGCUGCUGUUCCACGCCUUCAGCCUGGAGCCCGACACCACCCCGCCCACCGGCGUCACCUGCCGCUUCGACUGGCUCGAGAUAUGGGAUGGAUACCCACUAGUGGGUCAUUUCAUCGGACGUUUCUGUGGUGACAGUAACCCUGGCCGGGUGGUGUCUCACACCGGCAUUCUGACCAUUACGUUCACCACAGACAACGCCAUCGGCAAAGAGGGAUUUGAGGCCUCCUAUACCAUACGCCAGCGAAGACACACACACCACAACUCACAAGCAGACUCCUGUAUGGACCCGUUGGGGAUGGAGUCAGGUGACAUCGGUCCAUCUCAGAUCCGCGCCCGAUCCCAGUACAACCCCAGCUGGGCACCCGAGCGAGCCAGACUCAACUACAAAGACAACGGCUGGACACCCUCAGAGGACUCCAGCAGGGAGUGGAUAGAGGUGGAUCUGGGCUUCCUGAAGUAUGUGUCUGCCAUUGGAACUCAGGGUGCCAUCUCCAAGGAGACCAGGAAGUCCUACUACGUCAAGACCUACAAAGUUCUCCUCAGCACCAACGGAGAAGACUGGCUUCCAGUCAAAGAAGAAGGGAAACACAAGGUGUUCAAGGGGAAUGAUAAUCCAGUUGAUGAGGUCCGCUGCUAUCUUCCUAAGCCCGUUCUGACCCGGUACCUUCGCAUCCGCCCUGUGAGCUGGGAGAACGGCAUAUGCAUGCGCUUUGAGCUGUAUGGCUGCAGAGUGUCAGAUGCCCCAUGUUCGGCCAUGUUGGGGAUGGUAUCGGGGCAGAUCGCUGACUCCCAGAUCUCCGUGUGGCCUCCGGUGGAGCGCAGCUGGCUGGCGGACUCUGCUCGGCUGAUGACGGAGAGUAAUGGCUGGGCGCUGGCGGCGUCGGCCCUGGCGCCCGUGAUCCCCCCCGCCGAGCCGCCCUUCCUGCAGCUGGACCUGGGGAGGGAGCGUCUGGUCAGUGGGCUGGUCGUGCAGGGGGGCCGGCUCAAGGAGAAACCCGUCUUCGUCCGGCGCUUCCGUGUGGCGCACAGCACCGACCGAUCCAUCUGGAACAACGUCCUGGAGCAGAACAGCACUCACAACAAGCUGUUUGUGGGGAACCUGAAUCAUGACACCCCGGAGGUGCGUGAAUUGGGGCCACUGUUGAUGCGUUUCCUGCGGGUGUACCCCGAGCGUGGCACUCCUGACGGCAUGGGCCUGAGGCUGGAGGUCCUGGGCUGCGACCCCCAGGCGCCCACCACCCCUCCUCCUCCCACCACGCCCACGGUUACCACGGCAGCUGUCACCAUGACGACGGGCGCCACAACUCCUCCUCUGACUCCACUUGCCACUGUGACACCUGAGGAUUGUGAAGGGCAUGAAGGAUGUGAUGAUUAUGGACCAACAGAAGACAAUCCUGGAUCAGUUGUGAUACUAGAGGACCCCUUUCCCAUACCUGGUGAGAUGCACACACAUACACAUGUACACAUGUAUACACACACACACACACACACAUGGGGAGUUCACUGCUGCAGAUUAAAGAGCUGCUCCUCUUUCUGCGGUGUGCCUCUGUCUCUGUGUGGGGAGGAGAAUUGGCAUGCCAUAUGUGUGUGUAUGUGUGUCACGCUGGAGAGAGAGGGACGUGUGCUGCUGCCCUCUGCCAACACCUCCUAUCAGGUGGUGUUUGAGGCUGUGAUUGGCAGCCAUAGCUCAGGUGGCCUGGCUCUGGAUGAUAUAAAGAUUCUGGAUCAGAUCAGCCCUGCAGAGUGUAAAGACCCUGAAGAUAAGCCCCUGUCGACAUCCUCUUCCCCUGAGGUUCUGUCCUUGUCCACCACUCCUGGGGUCCUCUUCUUCACCUUUCCUACAGAUUCCCCAGUAACCGGCAUGAGCAGUGGGCUAGGUUCCGGUUCGUCCGGUUCUAACGGCGCCUCUGUGGGUUCUGGAAUGGUUCUGCGUUCCCUGGACCCCAUCCUGAUCACCAUCAUCGCCAUGAGCGCUCUGGGGGUUCUGCUGGGGGCUGUCUGUGGGGUUCUGUUGUACUGCGCGUGUGGACAGCCUACAGACGGUACUGGUACCGAGGGACAGGGCUCGGAACCACCACGGAACAUCUCGGCCAUGAAGAGCUACAACUUUGAGCUGGUGAAGAAGGAGAAACUGAACUCACAGAAGUCUUUCAUGGAGGUGUGAGGAUGCAAGGGGAUUCACACACACACACACACACACAUACACGCACACAGAUUGAAAAGGUGGGACAAAAUAUGUCACACACACUGCCACGUCCAGGCAUACGCAUACAUAAACAUACACAUCAACACACACCACCACGUCCAGGCAUACAUAAACAUACACAUCAACACACAAUUGAACAAAGAGACAGAGACUCUUGGGUGAAGUUGUUUGGAGAGCAAUGAUAACUGCUGCAGGACGUCACUCACGGAUUCCAUUGAGAGACACAGGGCUGUCACACAGAAACCUUUUAACUGGACAUCUGAUGGACCUGUCAGACAGACAGGAUAUUGGACAGAGCUUCUUUGGGGUCUUCUUUAGCGCGUUUUAUAGCAGAACAGGACAGGAGGACAUUGCAGGACAGGAGGACAUUGGACAUGAAGUGUUUCAUGAAGUGUUUGUGUAGAAUUCCUCUGCAGAGUGGACACAUUGAGUGGACAUGUGUGUGGGAGUCAGUAGAACUGCACUAUUGGAGGUCGUGCAGAAGAUUGUGCCAAGUGUACAGUUCAAGAAGGUGUGUGUGUGUGUAUGUGUGUGGGAAUGUGGUGUGAACUGCUACUUGUUUCCUCUCAGCGGAUUCUGCUGCUUUGGCCUGCGGGCGCAUCAAUAUUCUUCUGUGUGUGUGUGUGUGUAUGUGUCCACUCUAAAAAAUGCUGGGUUAAAACAACCCAAAUUCAAACCAAGUUCUGGGUUAUUAACUAGCAAUGCAAUGAAAUAAAACAAGUUUGAUAUUUA